GCCUUAACCCUCAUAUCUAUGCUAAACACCCACAGCUCUUCACUCAUCCACUCCUCCACAUACGGAAAUUCACAUUGGUGAGUUAUUUUGUUUAAGAAGAAUCUUUUAAAAGCCAAAGUUUAAGCAAUAACCAUGGCGGAUGAGCAGGAUGACUAUUUCUUUGAUCUGUCUAACUACAGUGAGAACACAAGCGAUCCAUCUUACGUGGUUGACGAGAACGUCGAACACUGCUCUACAUCUAACGUCAACGAAUUUGGCUCGGCCAUCAUUCCUUAUUUCUACUACAUCAACUUCCUCCUGAGUUACUUAGGCAACUGGCUUGUUUUGUUCAUCAUCGUCAAGCUUGAGAAGGUCAACAGCGUCACCAACAUCUUCCUCAUCAAUCUGGUCACCUCCAACAUCCUGUUUGCAUCCAGCUUCCCCUUCCUGGCCAAAUACCAUUCCUCAGAGUGGAUCUUCGGCACGGUGCUUUGCAAGUUGGUCAGCAGUGCCCAUCUGAUUGGUUUCUACAGUUCCAUCCUCUUCCUCACCCUGAUGACCUUUGACCGCUACCUGGCCGUGGUGCACGCGGUGUCCGCUGCCAAGAGCAGGAAGAGGUCGUACGCCAUCGGGGCGUCGUUGAUCGUUUGGUUCAUCAGUGUGCUGGCCAGUCUCAAUGAGCUGGUGUUCAAAGGCGUGCGGAAGCACAGCGAGCAGGGCCUGAUGUGUGAGGAGACAGGAUACCACGCCGACGUCAUCAAACAGUGGAAUCUGGUCAGCUACUACAUGCAGUUCCUCCUCUUCUUCCUGCUGCCCCUCUUCAUGGUGAUGUACUGCUACACCUGCAUCACCGUGCGGAUCAUGUCCACUCGCAUGAGGGAGAAAUGGCGCUCGGUGAAGCUGAUAUUCAUCAUCAUGUUCACCUUCUUCGUUUGCUGGACUCCCUAUAACAUCGUGAUCCUGCUGAAGGCCAUUCAGAUCUCCACAGCCGACGAUGCAAACCGGAAGUGCGAUCAGGUCGAGGCGUUGAACUAUGCGUUGUACGUGACCAGAAACAUAGCGUUCUUGUAUUGUUGCAUCAGCCCCAUGUUCUACUCCUUUGUGGGUAAGCGGUUUCAGAGUCACUUCAGGAAGCUGUUGUCGAAGAACAUGCCUUGUCUGCCACGUCACUUCAGACCCGCAAGUCUGAGCAGCAAUUCCACCUCACGAAGGACGUCCCACACAAACGACUUUUAACAUUUAGGAGACAAUUGACUUUGUUUUAAUUUGAAAAAAUUGAAUGAUGAUUAUUGUUUUGUCCGUUUUACAUUUAAAUGUAGUCAUUUAGCAUAUACCUUGUAAAUGAAUAUCUAAUGAUCAAUUGAAAUUAUGUAGCCGUCUUUUUUAAGGCACUCAAAGCGCGUUAAUCAGUUAGUUUGUUUAUUAAUAAUAAAUAAUAAUAAUAAUACAGAGCACAUUACAUUCGAAAAUCUCAAAGUGCUACAGAGUAAAAAAAGCAAAGAAAAAAAAAGGGUUGUUAAAACAUAUAAUGCAUAAACAGUCAAAGAGGAAUUUGCUAAAGGGUUUUUUAAAAAGAUAAGUCUUAAGGUUUUGUUUAAAAACAGCUGUAGUCUGUGGGGCCUUCAGGUGGUCAGGGAGGCCGUUCCAUAGUCUGUGGGG